CAAAUGGAGGUCCUACAGUGGCUACCAAACCAAUAGACUUAACUUCAAAUGUUGAUGCUCCAAAAGAGGACUAUACGGAAGCUACCACCCCAAAAUAUGUUACAUCUCACUCUCAUACCAGUCCCAAACCAGCGGUUAAGGAUUCUCUUGCAUAGAUGGCUGUGACAGAAAACCACAAUUCCUAAUGUUAGCUUGCAGGUUCAGGAACCACUAACAGAGGCUACUCUCAUUAUGGGAGAACUGAGAAUAUCAACAGAAGCUCUGUCCAUCACAUUGGAUCAGGAAGAAGGUGUGGAAGAAGAAACCAUUCUAGAAACGAAGAACCAGUGGUCUUAGACCCACAAACUACUGUUUUUUUGCUAAUGAUGCGACACAAUCUGUUGAAACUGAAUUAUCAGUAGAAGAUUUUCCUCAAGAUGAAUUCCUAUACCCAAAAAUUGCUAACGACCCAAGAUACAAAGUUCUUGAAAAUAUGCGGCAAAACAACCUGGGGAGAUAUGGGAACCCAACUCUCAAUCAAAUCGACGACAUCAUUGAAGAAAGAACAUCUCCCCUACAAUUCGUUUCAGAUGGGACCAAAGUUCUUCCUAAUGAUGAUUUCCAAGAGGUCCAAAGAAAGCUGGAAUGAGAGCUAUGGAUUUGCGCACGGUGAGAACACGAAGCUAUGAUCCUACCCUUGAAGUGGGAACAGCGAGCCUUGUUCCAAAAUAUUGGCCAAGCAGGAAAACCACGACUAUGGAACACAUCAUUACUACAGAGAGCUAUUAUGGAUUAGUUUGUCUGGGUGCACCAACUCAACGCCACAUUAGCUUUUCUUUUUUUACUUUCACUUCCCUUCCCCUCUCAAGGGUAGGGGUGGACAAAAUUCCAGCAACGAAGACGAUGGGUUGGGUAGGGGAAUCGAACCCAGAAUUGAUGGACACAGAUUUCUGCAUCGGUUUUGCUCUUCGCAAUGUUAUACAGACUGGAGCAAAUAAGGCUGCCAAGGAAAAAGGGAUCCUGGCCCCACAGAUCUCCUUAACACAAUUGGUUGACAUUGUGAAAAAAUUCCCUAACACACCGCAGAGGAGAAACAUCAAAAAUGUGCUCAACUAUUUGAUGAAAAUGAAGGCUACCGACGGUCUAGUUGCGGAGGACGAUUACGACAAAUCAACCAAAGCGCCGCGUAAGGGUGCGCGAAGAUACCGAAUGAUUGCUAGUUGGACCGGGAUUGAUCCCGAGGAUGAAAACUUUAGUGAUCAAGUGAUGACAGCUAUAAGGACAAAUGGAGCUGUUGUUGGUGAACUAUGUAUGCCGUCCUCAUCAAAGAUUGAGAUUGGCCAUGCCGUGAGUUUUAUUGGAUGGGAGUAUAAGCGUCAAGGUAUCUCUUCCUCGGAUGCCUACGCAUCCGAGGAAUCCUCAACCUCCUCUUCUUCGACCGGGUCCUCUUUAUCCAGUUUCGAGACCCGGUCAGGCCCCAACACCACCGUCCCUGAACCGCAACCUGUUAACCAAAUGCCCGGUCAGGUUUCUCAGGAGAGGGAUGAACCGGUUGACGAUGAGCCGGCUCCCUACGACCCUGACAGCGAGUCGUAUGAGAGAUGGGUGAACCGGCUGGAUGCAGCCGGUUAUUUUCCUCUCCCCUCCAGCUACCCGCUCGACAUCUAUCCCCGGGUCUCUAAGAUUGCCCAAAACAAAGCCCGCAGGAAUCUCCCGGAGGGGUACGUUCUUGAGUACGAUCCCAGUUGGCCCAACAUUAUCGAGCCUCACCGGGAUGAUAGGGUAGGUUUCCAUAUCAUUUCUUUGGAAAGUGGCACCGUCUUCCCCCUGCGACCCCUUCUAGUCGAGUUGUGCCAUUGUUUCAAGGUUCUCCCGGGGCAACUUACGCCCAAUGCCCAUCGUUUUCUUAAUGCUUUUGUAAAUAUCUGCUCCCACCUCAAAAUUGAUCCUUCUCUUCGCUUUUUCCUUUAUUUGUUUGAAGUCCUUCCCGGUAAGUCAGGUUGCGAUGGCUACGUCUAUUUCAAGGGCCGUAACGGUCGCCAAUUCAUUUCUGACCUUCCACAAAGCAACCGGCUGUGGAAGGAAAAAUUUGUCUUUAUAAAAUUCCCCACCGUUUCUCCUUUGGCCGGCAUAAAGUGGAACGACCACCUCCUGAAACCACAAUACACUGAGCCGGCUAACGCUCCAGACUUGGAAGAAAGUUUGGAGAAACUCCUACAAGGGGACCCGUUCACCGGGCAAAUGUUCCAUUAUGGGGCUUGGAUUUGGAGAAUCUCACCGGGUGGCACAGGUACCCCCAGGGCUAAUGAAGCAGCGGGGCACGGGGUACCUGCCCCGGGCAACACUGCGGAAGCUGGGGGUUCCAGUCACCCAGAGAUGAACUUCAGAGCAUUCAACAUCCCCACGAAGAAGACCGGUGGCCCCUCCUCUACUGCCCCAAGAACCGUACUGGUGCAACAGGAGCCGGUGGAGAUCAACUCCGAGGAGGAAACUCGUCCGACCGGGAGGACCAGUCAGGCCGGGAGGACCACGGUAAACCCUCCCCUAGACAAGGGGAAGGGGAAGGUCCGAACCAAGCACGCCGCCGCCACCCACCCCUCGGCAAAGAGGAGGAGGGGAGAAAGCGUCCCGGCCACAGAGUCGUUAGAGGAGCUCUGGGUCAAGAUGGGGCGAAAGCUGAAAGAGAUGGGUGAGGUCGGGCCUGAAACCUUGAGGAAGCUUGCCGAGGACUCCCCUUCCCGGUCACUUCAGCUGGAGGAAAAGCUGAAGAGGCUUGAAGCCCAUAACCAGGAGCUUCAAGACCUGACAACCCGGCAACUUGACGAGAUGGCCAACCUCUCGGCGGUUGCCGGUAGGGCAAACGCGGAGGAGCAAGAGCGGCCCGGUCGGGCUAGACAGUGGAUGGAGGAGAACCUGGUGGAGGCCGCCCGGGUGCUUACUUCCUCCGAGGAAAGGACAAUGGAGGGCUUCAAGCUGCUGUACCGGGAGGAGCAAGGGAAAGAGAUGAUUACCCAGAUCGGCUCCUAUGGUUUCAUGUCUGGCCAAAAGCGAGACCGGGAGGCCACCCAUGCGAUCCUUGCCGAACGGGAUCCGGACUUCAAUGCCGAAUCAUACGGCCUGGCCCCCAUCCCGGACGAAGAGCCUGCGCCUCCCUUCCCUCUCGAGUAGACUUCCCGGUUGCGCCCGGUCGUUGUGCUUUGUAAGCCGAAGGCUAUGAAUUUUCCCGGGGAUGCCCGGUGUAAUAUGUAAACAUUUAACAUUCUCGUUUUGUCGAAUGCUGUCUAAUUUUCUUACCGGUUUAUCUUGCAUAUUUCUUGCUUCUUGGUUGACACUUUGUUAUUGCUUCUCAAUUGUCUUCGACCGGUACAUAAAAUCACACCACUUCU